UCAUAUUGCAAUACAGCAACAGGUUUUCUUCUUUCUGUCAGGAUAUGGCAAAGGACCCUGACUUAACUAGUACAAGAACUACUCUUGGACGACACAUUUAAAUCUUAAAGAGAACGAGUAACAAUCUUUUGGGAAUAUUUUUUUUAUUAUCUCAUUGACUUUAUUUUUGGAGAGUGAGGCCAGUAAGUAUAGCUUAGAGAUAAUAGAGCGUUUUGAGUUUUUUCAUAAGAGAAGGAAAUGCCUACUGUCAGUAGGUAUAUGAGUUUUCGUUCAUCAAAGCGGUUUAAAGUUACAAGCAGCUACCCAGUAGAGAGCAGCGGUGGCGUGGUGCCAGCCAAAGUGAAGAAAAGCAGGAGCAGCUUAAGCAAUAGCAGCAUCAAGAAGGUGGAGGCCAGGAAAGCCUUGAGCCUCGAGGCGGCCGAGCUCGAGAUCCAGCAGCAGCACAAAACCAUCACCCGACAAGUAGCCGUCAGGUCGCAAACAUUCGAUGUUGACAACAGAGGCUUUGAGAGGACGGAGGGCACUGGCUCGCAAAGUAGUUUCAUAAAGCACAACCAGACAUUCCACAAAUUGUUUCCAGACAUUCCUAAGAGUGAAGACUUGAUACACGCAUACAUCUGUGCCCUGCAGAAGGAAGUGCCCUACCACGGUCGACUGUACGUCACUGACACCAAUGCCUGUUUCUACUCCUCAGUUCUGCUCAAGGACACUAAGGUAGUUAUUCCAGUUUCCCAUAUCCACAUCGUGAAGAAGCAGAACACAGCUUUGCUGGUACCCAACGCCUUGUCGAUUCGCACGACAGAAGGAGACAAGUACCUGUUUGUGUCACUGCGGAACAGAGAGUCAUGUUAUCAGCUGCUGCGUUCAGUAUCUCCUCAGAUAGAGGACGGCAGCACGAACGGUAGCCCCGUCUUCUCCUCAGCUGAGAACAGCUUUGAUAAGAGCAAACCUGUGCAGAACUCCAGCCUGUCCAGCCUGGACGACAGCUUCGACCUGUUGGAUGGCGCCGAGACUCAGUCUUUACGGGACCAGACUCUGCACAGACCAAACAGAGGAGUGCCUAAUGGGAAUGGCCCAGAUUUCAGAAGCCUACACAUGCAGCAGAGUGAUAGCUCAUCCUCAGAGGAACUGUCAGUUUCAGGUGGAUCGUGGGUUUGGAGUGUGACAGAAAAGGCCAAGUCCCUGCUGGUUCAGAGAGAGGCCAGCACCCUCAACACUCUACUCUUCAUUUACUUGAUUCUGGUUGUGCUGCUGCUGCUGUCGUCUGGCUACAUUGGUUUACGUAUUGUGGCCCUCGAGGAACAGCUGACAUCCCUCGGGGCCCUGCCUGAGUUCACUUUACAGAGCGGGUACCAAGAAACAUAACACUCUGACUGAAGGAGAGAUCGGUUGCCUCGUGGUCGGAGGAUUAUUUCACACCUCUUCCAGCAGAACCCAGCGGGAGAAAUGUUCUCGAGACUGUGCUUCCAACAUGGCCUGUGCUGUUGGCUAGAGGAAUAAUGGCCUACCUGUGCAAUUUCAGAGGCAACUUGUUAACUUGAAGGGCUAUACUUUCUCCUAGUGCACUAAAGAAAUGGACAUGCCACGACUUCACACAGAGCCGAGCCAAAAUUCCUACACACACACUGCCUGUUUGCAGCGUGUCUGUCGUUGAAACCAAAGCCAAGCGGCUCUCGGCAACGUGCCGCGCUAGCCAAGUCGACGGCCACUUUCCUGACAGAAACUGUUCCACGUCUGUGAAAUUGUGUCAUCAUUGUCCUUCAUACGGACCCCUCUCCCUGAGCAUGCAGUCUAAACAGGGCUAUACCAAUCAGCAUUAGCCUUCUGUAGUGCUUGUUAUUGCACCUCAACACCAGAGACGUAGUGCUAUGCAUAACCAAAGAUGCACACAGUGCAUGUCUUUUGCAUGUGUGCACGGAGAUGAUUUUUUAAAAAUGAUUUACCCUUCUACCAUCUAUCAGCGGAAUAUACAAAUCUGUCCAUAAAUUCUGUUGGGUACGUCUCUCUAAAUGAUUCUUAUCUUAAUCAGCUGUGGGUUGAAAUCGCUGAAACCUCAAAAUCAGAUCGGCCCAUGGAGGCGUGAUACUCUCAUGAUGGGCUUUAUCCUUUCUGUCUUUCUCCAAUCAGCGAUGGUUGCAGUAUUACUUUCCUCGUCUUUGGCAUGAUUUAAAGCAGUUUAAUGAUCAAUGCUCAGAGGUCAUUUUUUCCGAAUGCAUCAUCAAUGCACAAAUAUUUAAUACAAUAGGACACGAGGUUGUGUGAGUGUGUGUGUGUGUGUGUGAGGCUUUUCUACAACUUUGGUCUUCAAGAGUGCAUUUUCAAAAAUCUGUCUGUUGGUGUACUGUCUGACAACGUUGUGUUAAAAGAACAAACCUCUUCGACUGGCCUCUUGAAGACCCAAACCGGCAUUUCUAAAAGUUUCAGGUUAAUUAAAGUAGCACCAAUAAUGUAUUUCUAAUGUUCAUGCAUGUGUCUGCAAUACCGACACUCGACUGAUACUGUAUAUGCAUUCUCACUCUUGUCAACCGAAGAGGAGAAUUUGCAACCACACUCCGAGGUCCAAGUUUUCAACGGCAAAACAAAGUGGUCCCAAGAAGAAAUUUCAAUAUGCAACAAAUUAUUAUGCAUGGCAAGAUGUAAUUGAUCUUUUUUGUGUGCUGUUUUUUUUUUUUUUUUAAUGGAGCUUUGAUGUUUGUGGGGAAGAAAUUGUGAGAGACAAAGGGGGAAAUAAUUGAGUGAAAGGAGGAACUGCUCAAUCGAGUGAGUGCACUUUAUAAAAAUGUGUUGUGCCUGUCGCAAUCCAAGACUUUGUGUUUUUUUGGAUUGGGAAGAAAUGGCAAAGCUGGCGUUCUGUGGUCUCUGACGGUGCUUAACUUGUUUUCACUCAGGGGUGGUGGGCACUACCUGCCACGUGGCUUUAGGUCGUCGUCGUUUCCUUUUUGUCAUUUCAAAGUCUAGUGCUCGUGAUGCGGUUCACAUUUUGUACAUCUUGGCUUUGGGGUUUUCUCAAAUGUCCCUUUGAGAAAGAAUACUCCUUUUUAUUGAGAUUGACUUGUAUUUAUAAUUGAUUGAUAUAUCUGUAUUGAGCUUCUCAGAAUGUCUUUUUUUUUUUUGUUUUCUCCCCUCAACCCUCGUAUUACCUUUUUUAAACUAACCUAACGAUGCAUAUCCACGCCACAUCUCAAUGAUUUAACAUCAACCUGUUUGUGGAUGCUGUUCUUGACCAGGUGGAGCGAGUGGGUUAACUUCAGCUACAUCCUGUUUUGAAGAGUCUUAUUCUUCUGUUCAGUUAAGGUUUAAAUCAACAUGUUAUUACAUACAGUACUGUCAGUUCUUCUAAUCCCCCACCAGGGGGCAGCACACACAUCCACUGUCCUCGAAUGGACUCUAUGCAAGAAUCCCAAUGAGGGCAGUAUUUGUGUGGUUUUGCACUAUUCAAAGUGUUGUAAAUAAUUUUGUAUCGAUUGUUUAUGUCCUUAAUUCUACUAUGGUCCUAUAUUUAUUUGCAUUCUGUGUAAUUCAAAGAAGUCUCUGUGAGAUGACUUUGCUAUUGUUCAAAAUAAAUCAAAUGUUGCGAAGUAAA